AACCAAACCCCUCUCGGCGGCUCACGCUCCCGGCGGCCUCGACAGGACUCGCCCCACCCCGAAACCCGAUCCUUUUCCCGCCGCACGGAACCUAAACCCUAGCCCAGUCCCGGCGGGGCGCCGGCGGAGAUGAUGCAUCAGCAUCAGCACCAGCACCAGCCGCCGCCGCCUCCCCCGCCGCAGCACCCGCCGCCGCAGGCCGCCGGCGGCGGCGGCGGCGGCGGCGGCGGGGAGUUCUACCGCGGCCCGCUGCAGCCGCCGAUGCGGCAGCUCUCCGCAGCGUCCUCCACCAACCUCCCGCCCGAGUACGCCGCCCACUCGGGACCCCCGCAGCAGCAUCACCAUCACCAGCAGCAGCCGCCGCCCCAGCAGCAGCAGCAGCCGUUUGACGCUUAUGGGGACAAUUUCGGUGCUAAGAGGAUGCGGAAGCCCGUCCAGCGACGAACAGUGGACUACACGAGCUCGCUCGUCCGUUAUGCUCAAGCUCGCAUGUGGCAGCGGGAUGCAAGGGACAGAUUCACUCUGCAGCCGACUGCGGCUGCUGUUCUGGACAUGUUGCCAUCUGUUGCAUACCCAGACAACCCUUCGACAAGUUUUGCUGCCAAAUUUGUACAUUCAUCUAUCAAUAAGAACCGGUGCUCCAUAAACUGUGUCGUGUGGACUCCUACAGGUCGUAGGCUUAUUACUGGAUCACAGAGUGGCGAAUUCACCCUGUGGAAUGGACAAUCUUUUAAUUUUGAAAUGAUUCUUCAGGCCCAUGAUCAAGCUGUGAGAUCAAUGAUUUGGAGUCAUAAUGAAAAUUGGAUGGUUACAGGCGAUGAUGGUGGUGCAAUAAAGUAUUGGCAAAGUAACAUGAAUAACGUUAAGGUGAACAAAACUGCCCAUGGAGAAUCAGUCCGUGACUUGAGCUUUUGUAGAACAGACCUGAAGUUUUGUUCAUGUUCUGAUGACACAACUGUGAAGGUUUGGGACUUUGCAAGAUGCCAAGAAGAAAGAUCUUUAACUGGCCAUGGUUGGGAUGUUAAAAGUGUCGAUUGGCAUCCUACGAAAUCUUUAUUGGUUUCAGGUGGUAAAGAUUAUCUUGUGAAACUCUGGGAUGCAAAAAGUGGUAGAGAGCUACGCUCAUUCCAUGGUCAUAAAAACAUAGUGCAAUGUGUAAAGUGGAAUCAGAAUGGGAACUGGGUGUUGACUGCCUCUAAGGACCAGAUUAUCAAGCUAUAUGAUAUUAGAUCCAUGAAAGAGCUUGAAUCCUUCCGUGGGCACAAUAAGGAUGUAACUGCUUUGGCAUGGCAUCCAUUCCAUGAAGAAUACUUUGUUAGUGGGAGCUAUGAUGGAGGAAUCUUUCAUUGGUUGGUUGGCCAUGAAACCCCACAGAUAGAAAUAAAUAAUGCACAUGACAAUAGUGUGUGGGACCUUGCCUGGCAUCCAGUGGGCUAUCUACUUUCCAGUGGGGGCAAUGAUCAUGCUACGAGAUUUUGGUGUAGAAACAGGCCUGGCGAUCUUACCCGUGAUAGAUACAACGGUGGACAGCUUCAAGGUUAUGGUGAUCAACAUCCUGGUUUUGCCGGUCGUGGAUUCCAGAUGCCUGAACCUCCAAUACCUGGACCUUUUGCUAGUACAAUUCCUGGCAUUGGUGUUGCAAUGCAUCUUGAUGGAUCUGAUCACGGGGAACAGAGGCCAUCUAUUCCAGGGCUUCCACCUGGCCCGCCUCCGUUGCCACCAGGUCCUCAUCCAUCUCUUCUGCCUAGUGGGCAGCAUCAACACUAUCAACAGAUGCCUCAGCAGCAACAUUCUCAAUUUCGGCCACCACCUCCAAACAUGCCUCAGCUGCAGCCACCAGGGCAUAUGCUUGCACAUCAACAAGGACCUCGACCACCACUUCCUCAGCUUCCAUCGAUGCCAGGUUCCAUGCCAGGGCCAUCACCAGUGAACCCACCGCUACCGCCAAUGCCACACCCCAUGGCAAUGCAAGGUUCGUCGAACCAGAUGAUGCCUCAAAUGCCACAACACUUGAUUGGCCUGAAUCAGGGGCAUCCAGGGUCCGUUCCUCCCAGCAAUAUGCCUCAAAUGGGUGCCUUCCCAAAUGGAAUGGGAAAUAUUCAAGGUGCAUCAGGUGCUUCUGGCAUGCAAAACUUUCCUAUGGGUGGCAUGUACAACCGGCCUCAGGGACAAAUGACUCCACAGGGACAAAUGUCGACCAUCCCUGGUCUAAGUUCUUACCAACCAGGGAUGGGCAAUGUUGUCCUUCCACCACCGCCGCCACAGCAUCCCCCACCUCGCGGAGCAACACCACAGUAAUAUCUCGUAACUGUACAAUGCUGAUGAGGAAGUCAAAGUUCUCUCUGCUACCUCAGUGUAGAACCAGCAAUCUUAUUCGAGAGUCAGUGUAGAAUUCUGGAAGUUUCAAUGUAAAACCAGUAAUUUUAUUCGAGUGAAGUCAAUAUAGAUUUCCUCAAACUGAAAUGUAAAACCAGUAAUCUUAUUUCGGCCAGUCCAUCUGGGCCUUCUGGCAAGUUUCAAAUAUUUUAUCUUGGUUCUUAGCUAGCUAGGAUUUUGUUCUCUAGCUUUUAUUCCCAGGUUGGACUUUUAUUUCUUGUCUGAUACAAGGGACAUCCUGUAAAAAACAUUUUUUGCUGUUGUACCAUUAUUCUUGCUACCGAACGUGGAA